ACUCAGAGAAAGUGAAUGAAAAAGAGUUGCAGAAACGAGUAAACGUAUUUAAUUUUCACAACCUCCGAGCCAGCCCAACCCUCCUAUUCUUUACUUUCUUUUCUCUGGUUCUUCACCCAGAACCCUAAAAAAAAGAGAGGGAAAAUUACCUAGUUGUAAAUGGAAUCAUCACCAAGGAAAUCUUAGAAGACCAAGAAAGAAAAUACCAAAUCCAGAUUCAGCUCUAACCCACUUCAGCAAUGGCCACAUUCUCCAUUUCCAACUACUUCACAGUCCUAACUUUUAUCAUUUUCCACUUCAAAAUCUUAGCUGCAGACCAAAGUUCCUCUUUUUCCUUCAAAAGUUUUGGUAAAGAUCCAAACUUUGUGUCCAAUAUUGCUUUAUACGGGGAUGCACGGGUUGCUAAUGAUGGCUCUUGGGUUCAACUUACUAACUCAGUAGGUGGGAGUGCUGGGAAAGUCAUGUAUAAAAAACCCAUCAAGCUUGUUGAAGGUAAAGUCAGGAAUUUUGCUUCUUUUUCAACUUACUUUUCCUUCUCAAUGUCCCAUGAAAAUGGUGAUGGUUUGGCUUUUGUUAUGGUUCCUCGUAGUUUUAAUGUUAAUGUGUUAGAUAAUAGUUCGUUUGGGGUUUCUCUUGGAUUGGAGAAAAGUAAUAGAGGAGCAGUUGCUGUUGAAUUCGAUACCUUCAAAGAUGCCAAGUAUGGUGAUUUGAAUGGAAAUCAUGUGGGCGUUGAUGUGGGUAGCCUUGUGUCAGUUAAAGCGAGAAAUUUAUCUUCCGCCAAUCUGGUAUUAAACAAUGGAGAAAAAUUACAUUCGUGGAUUGAUUAUGAGGCAAGUUCAAAGAGACUAGAGAUUAGGUUGAAUCAAUCUAGUAGUACUAGGCCUGAAGAUCCAUUGCUUUCAUACUCAAUCGACUUGUCGAAACUAUGGAAUGAUGAGGACUUGUUUGUGGGCUUAAGCUCUUCAAAUAGGAACUCUUCACAGACAUGCUUUAUUUACUCGUGGAAUUUUAAGCUAAGGCAGGUUCCAAAUUGGAUGCACUCUCAACCACUUGAUCCUGAGGCCGUUGCGAAGAACCCCAAACCUAUGACAACAGCGCACAAGAGUAGCAAUUGUUUUUGGAGAGUUCUUGCUGUGUUCAUUUUCGGUGGUGCUUGUGGAGCCUUGACAGCUUCUUGUGUUCUAUACCUAUGGACCAUCCUUGGUGAUAGGCGCCCAGUAGCACCCGAAGAGUGUGGUGUGCACCCUGUGGAUUUUGAGUACAAGAAAUUCAAAGUAGCAGUGGACGAAGAAGCUGUCAAAGUUGGCAAGAAGUAGAUGUUAGAGUUGGGGUUCUGUUGGAUGUUUAAUGUUGUAAAUUGAUGAUCUUUUUUGUAAUUGUAGUCGCAGGUUUUGUGUGUGGUUGUAGCUGAUGAUCAAUUGUGAAAAAUGUAGCUCUUUGUUACCUAGUGUUUAAUGAUGGAAGCAUUGAGAUUCACCUUUAAUAUAAAUUACAAUGUUGCUUUUCAAAA